CUUUCUGGGAAAUGUAGUCCUGUGGCUGUUCCUGCCCGGCCCUGGUGACUGAGAGCAGCAGGGAAGAGACAGCGGUGUCACCGGGAGGUCCAGGCGGAGAUCGCAUGGCAUAGAUGUGAGAGAAAUUCUGCCAAGAUGACUGCAAUCAAGCAUGCCCUGCAGAGGGACAUAUUCACUCCAAAUGAUGAGCGUCUCCUCAGUAUCGUGAACGUAUGCAAAGCGGGAAAAAAGAAGAAAAACUGCUUUUUAUGUGCCACAGUAACCACAGAGCGUCCAGUUCAUGUUCGAGUGGUGAAAGUAAAGAAAUCUGACAAAGGGGAUUUCUAUAAGACCCAGACCACAUGGCUGCUGCAAGACCUGACAAUGGUGGAUGCCAAAGAUGCCCUCAAGGAAAACCCUGACUUUGAUUUGCAUUUUGAUAAAAUCUACAAGUGGGUCGCCAGCAGCCCAGCUGAAAAGAAUACUUUCAUUUCCUGCAUCUGGAAACUGAACCAGAGAUACCUGAGGAAAAAAAUCGACUUUGCCAAUGUUAGCGCACAGCUUUUGGAAGAGCUUCCUAAAGUUUCAGAAGAGUCUGUUCCUAGUGGAGAGAACCAGAAUGUGGCCGGGGGAGAGGAAGAAGCAGUAGCCGAAUACCAAGAGCUGAAUGCCAGGGAGAAACAGGAUAUCGAGUUCAUGAUGGAGGGCUGUGAAUAUGCGAUUUCCAAUGCUGAGGCCUUUGCUGAGAAACUUUCCAGGGAGCUACAGGUCCUGGAUGGGGCAAAUAUCCAGUCCAUCAUGGCUUCAGAGAAACAAGUUAACAUUCUUAUGCAGCUGCUGGAUGAAGCCCUCAAAGAGGUGGACCAGAUAGAAGGGAAACUGAGCAGCUAUGAAGAGAUGCUGCAGAGUGUUAAAGAGCAGAUGGAUCAGAUCUCUGAAAGUAACCACCUCAUUGAGCUCAGCAAAACCAACAGUGAAACUCUGCUGGGCGAGAUUGAGUUUCUUGUUCACCACAUGGACCUAUCAAGAGGUCACAUUAAAGCCCUUCAAGAAGCUGAUCUAUCUUCCUCCCGUGGUAUUGAGGCUUGUACUAAUGCAGCGGAGGCACUUCUACAGUGUAUGAAUGUAUCUCUCCAACCAGGACACUCCAUGCUUCAAGCUGUAAAACAGCAACAACAGCUCUUUACUGACCUCAGAGAGCAGUUUGCUCGCCGACUAGCCAGCCACCUAAACAAUGUAUUUGUUCAACAGGGCCACGAUCAGACUUCAACACUUUCAGUUGAAUUGACCCUUCCAAACCACCAUCCUUUCCAUCGAGAUCUGCUGCGAUAUGCCAAGCUGAUGGAGUGGCUGAAAACCACCGAAUAUAAUAGAUACGAAGGACUUAUGAAGAAUUACAUUGAUUACAUUGUGCGCUUAUAUGACCGCGAGAUCCGGGAUUUCUUUGAGGUGGCUAAAAACAAGAUGACUGGUUCCGCCAAAGAAGGAAAGAAGUUUGAUAAUGUUGGUUCAACAAGAAUAAUCAAUAAAAACGCUACGCUGCCUCGAAAAGAGAGUGCCGUGAAACAGGAGACAGAAAGUCUUCACGGGAGCUCUGGAAAACUAACGGGGUCCACAUCCAGUCUGAAUAAGCUGUCUGUCCAGAGCACGGGAAAUCGCAGAUCUCAGUCAUCUUCUCUGCUGGAUAUGGGCAACAUGUCCGCCUCUGAUUUGGAUGUCGCCGACCGCACCAAGUUUGAUAAGAUAUUUGAACAGGUCUUAAGUGAACUGGAGCCGCUUUGUCUGGCAGAACAAGAUUUCAUCAGUAAAUUCUUUAAUCUAUCUCAGCAUCAGAGCAUGUCUCGGACACCCAUGGGUGAUGUUGAUGAAAGUGAUGGUGGGCUUACAUCUCGACAUCAGACCACUGCUGUACUGUCUUCAGAGAAGGAAAUGAUCCGACAGAUGAUGACUCACAUAUUCCGCUGUAUUGAACCAGAAUUGAACAACCUUAUUGCCCUGGGAGACAAGAUUGACAGCUUUAACUCUUUGUAUAUGCUUGUGAAGAUGAGUCACCAUGUGAUGACGGCAGAGAAUGUCGAUUCCGCCUCCUUCCUCAGCACCACACUUGGCAAUGUCCUGGUUACCGUGAAAAGGAACUUUGAUAAAUGCAUUAGUAACCAAAUGAAGCAGAUGGAGGAUGUUAAAAUCUCAAAGAAGAGUAAGGUUGGCAUUCUUCCAUUUGUAUCUGGGUUUGAAGAGUUUGCUGAACUGGCCGAGUCAAUCUUUCGAGGAUCUGAGAGACGCGGAGAUUUAGAUAAAGCUUAUACAAAGCUGAUUAAAUCAGUUUUUAUCAAUGUUGAAAAAGUUGCAAAUGAAAGCCAGAAGACUCCCCGGGAUGUAGUUAUGAUGGAAAACUUUCAUCACAUCUUCGCCACUCUGUCCCGUUUAAAGAUUUCUUGCAUGGAAACAGAGAAGAGGGAAGCCAAGCAGAAAUACAAUGACCAUCUGCAGUCAUAUGUCAUAUAUUCUCUAGGACAUCCACUGGAAAAACUAAAUACAUUCUUUGAAGGGGUAAAAGCUCGCGUUGCACAAGGAAUUGGCUAUGAAGAAGUAAGCUACCAGCUGGCGUUCAGUAAGCAAGAACUGCGCAAAGUCAUAAAGGAUUACCCUGGUAAGGAGGUAAAGAAAGGUCUGGAUAACCUCUACAAGAAGAUGGACAAGCAUUUAUGUGAGGAGGAGAACCUGUUACAGGUGGUCUGGCACACUAUGCAGGAUGAGUUCAUCCGUCAGUACAAGCACUUUGAAGGUCUGAUUGAGAAAUGUUACACCGGUGCUGGUAUUACUAUGGAAUUCACCAUCCAGGACAUUUUGGAAUAUUUCUCUAGUAUUGCGCAAUCUCAUUAGCGAGUUGGCGUGUAGUAAAGAUCAGAGAAUAAGCACUUUAUGUGUCAUUUAUAUACAAGGAUAUAAGAGUGGUGGAACUAUCUUUGAAUGGACAACAAGGAAGAGUGGUGACCGGCAUAAAUGUAGCACAAACAUAACAUGAACUAACUAC